AUGGCGAGUGAAAGAGUAGAUCUGGACGGGAAUCUAAUAAAGUCUAUUACUAUUUGCAUGAUCGGCGCUGGCGGCUUCAUCGGUUCACACCUCUGCGAGAAGCUCAUGAGCGAGACACCGCACAAGGUGCUCGCUGUUGACGUGUAUAAUGAUAAGAUCAAGCACCUGCUGGAGCCUUCUGCCUCGGGUGAGCUCCCAUGGGCCGAUCGCAUCCAGUUCCACCGACUCAACAUCAAGAACGAUUCUCGCCUCGAAGGUCUCAUCAAGAUGGCAGAUCUUACAAUAAAUCUUGCUGCGAUUUGCACUCCAGCGGAUUAUAACACACGUCCUCUGGAUACUAUCUACAGCAACUUCAUUGAUGCUCUCCCAGUGGUGAAGUACUGUUCAGAAAAUAGCAAACGUCUCAUACACUUCUCCACUUGUGAAGUGUAUGGGAAAACAAUUGGUUGCUUCUUGCCAAAAGAUAGUCCAUUGCGGCAGGAUCCUGCAUAUUAUGUUCUUUCAGAAGAUGCCUCCCCUUGCAUUUUUGGCCCAAUUGAGAAGCAGAGAUGGUCAUACGCAUGUGCAAAGCAACUGAUUGAGAGAUUGAUUUAUGCCGAGGGUGCUGAGAAUGGUCUCGAGUUUACCAUUGUGAGGCCUUUCAACUGGAUUGGUCCCCGAAUGGAUUUCAUACCUGGAAUCGACGGUCCCAGUGAAGGUGUUCCAAGAGUUCUAGCCUGCUUUAGCAAUAAUCUCCUAAGGCGUGAACCACUUAAGCUUGUCGAUGGUGGCCAAUCACAGAGAACCUUUAUUUAUAUAAAGGAUGCUAUUGAAGCUGUUCUAUUGAUGAUUGAAAAUCCAGCCAGGGCUAAUGGUCAAAUAUUCAAUGUGGGCAACCCCAACAAUGAAGUUACAGUGAAGCAACUUGCUGAAAUGAUGACACAGGUUUACUCAAAGGUUAGUGGAGAAUCAUCACUGGAAACACCUACCAUCGAUGUUAGCUCCAAAGAAUUUUAUGGUGAAGGAUAUGAUGAUAGUGACAAGAGAAUUCCAGACAUGACUAUUAUUAACAGACAACUUGGAUGGAAUCCGAAGACAUCACUUUGGGACCUACUCGAAUCGACUCUUACUUACCAACACAGAACAUAUGCCGAAGCUAUCAAGAAGGCCAUUUCAAAGCCCGUUGCAAGUUAA